CCGGGGGCCUCGGAGACCAACGCUGUCCUGUCUUGCACGUGUGGCUUGCAGAAAAGGGAGAACCCCUCCAAGCCGCCAUGUGAGGUGCCCACCAAGAAGCUGAUCCUCGAGGGCAGUGCAGACAAGGCCGCGCGGGGCUCCGUGCCCCUGCCUCAGAAGCCCGACACGCUGGAAGCCCUCGCCAUAGCCAUCGACCCGGGGCUGACCACGGCACCCAUCUACGUGGAAGCCCAGCCCUCGGUCUCGGAGCUGGACUUCCAAGCCAUCUCCUCCCCGCUGGUUGGGACAGUGAACCUGAUGCCGCUGGUCCAGAUCAUGGAGCCCCUCAAUGCUGUGGCGCUGACUGUCACCUCCCCCACCCAGGGGCUUGACCCCAUCUCCCUCCACCUCCCCAGCCAGCCCACCGUGGCGCUCUCUCCCGAGGCCGCAGCAGCGCCCGAUGCCCCCUUGCAGCCGUUCACUGCAGAAAUCGCGGUCCCUGGUGAGGACCUGGUGCCCGAGCAGACCCCGCAUGCCUUAGUGGCUGCGGUGGAACCGCGAGACCUCGCCGACCACGGGGCUCUCAUCAUUGAAAACGUGGCCAUUGAGCCCUUCCUCGAGACGGACACCUCGGCCGCUGCUGCCGUCCUCAGCUCCCUUCAGGCAGCGCCCACGCAAAUGGUGGCCUAUUUCGAGACCAUCCCUACAGCCCCCGCAGCAGCAGCCCCCAGUGCCAUGGGGCCCCUGAUGGCAAGCGUGACUCCUCCAGAGACUGUGCUGUCCUCAGCCCUCACGGUGCCCGUCGUCUCCACCGUCCCCAUCGUGUCCAACUAUGCAGCAGGCGGUGCCACGGACUUUCCUUCGCCGGCGGCAGAUGUGGACCUGGAGACGGUGCCUGAGGAACAGCUGGAGGAACACCGAUACCACAAGCACCAGCUGAGCACGGAGGAGCUGGUGGGGGUGGUCAUGGUCCUCCAGAAGAAGGUCAAGGUCCUCCAGCAGCGGCACCGGCGCCACUGCGCCAAGCUGGAGGCUAUGGAAGGUGUCGUGGAGCAGCUCCGCAAGGAGAGCCUGGUCUCGGAGGAGAAGCUGAAGCUGCUGGAGAUGGCCUGCUUCCAGUCCAGCGCGGUGAUUCCCGAGAGCGGCGGCACGGUGGCCAUCAUCUGCCAGGAGGACGACCAGGCGCUGGUCUACGCCGUGCCCCAGCUGCCGGAUGAGGGCAACGAGACCAUCAUCCACGUGGAGGAGCAGUGAGGACCCUCCGCCGCCUGCUUGGCUGAGCCGCACUCCUCCCCAGGCGCAGACGCACCCGGCCCGGCCACCUCUUCAACGGCCUUACUGCUUUGGCACCUUAUCUGCAAGGGGGGACGGGUGGGACUGGCUUCUGGUUGCUUGAUGGGUGGGGUGGGGUUGUCCACGCAGCUCCCAGCUCGCUCUCCUGGGGCGCAAGGGGGGAAGCCUUGCUGAAUUCCCCGGAUUUCUCCGUCUAUUUACUGCACCCGCGCAUUGCUGCCUGAGCGUGCGACCGUGGGACCACAGCCAUGGGGGUGGGGAUAUCAGCCCCCCAAGUCCACCCCCCUCCUGGGAUGUCUCCGCUGAGCUGGUAGCCCACGGGCCCCUGCUGCUCGUGUCCAGCUUGCGGGGAGCUCAUUCAGGGAGCCUCUGUGUGUGUGUGUGUGGGGGGGGGGGGGUUUUAAGUG